UCAGUUUUCUGCUUAAAAAAGAAUUCUUCUCUACAAACCACUGAUUCACUUCCCAGAAACCCUAGCUCUCGUCGCGUAGAGAGACCAAAUUUCUGUCCUUUUUUCGCCUUUGCUGGUGAAUUUUCAAGGAUUUCGAGCUUCCCGAAGAAAAUCGGCGUGUGCAUUGUUCUUUGGAAACGUAGGGGGCUUACCUUUGUUAUAAUAGUGUUUAUACAUUAAUUAUGAGUAGCAAAGAUUCUCAGAAUAUAAUUGGCGGGUCGGGCCCUAAGCCCGAAAUCAACCGGGCUGGGCCAUUGGUAGCAAUGAAAGAUCAUGGUGGCUCUGCCGCAGCAGCAGCAGCAGCUAAAGUUAAUACAGAGAGACGAUUGAUCAGCUUGAAUGGUAAUGGCAAUGUGGAACGGGUGGGAUAUGGAAGGUGGAAUGGUGAGCUGCUGGAGGAUCAAGAUCACGGCUUUCGAGCUGGGGACCUUGUGUGGGCGAAGAUAAAGAGCCAACCAUGGUGGCCGGCUCAGGUUUACGACCCAAGGGAUGCCUCGGAGCUCGCUCUGAAGCAUAGCCGAGAGGGCUGUGUGCUCGUGUGCUUUUUUGAUGAUGGUUCUUGCUCGUGGUGCUUGCCCCUGCAGCUAGUACCUUUAGUCGAGAAUCUUGACAGGAUGUGGAGUGAGAGGCCUUCGAGGAGCUUUGAGCAGGCGGUUCAUAGGGCGUUCGAUGAGAUAGGGAGGCUUAUGGAGUUAAAGAUCUUGUGCAGGUGCAUAUCGUUGGAGAUAAGGGGUGAUCUUGCUAGGCCUAUGGCGAUGAAUGUUGGUGUCAAGGCGGGGUUGCUUGUGCCAGAGGUGGGCAUUGACCGUCUUCCUAUCCCAGAAUACGAGCCUGCUGAUAUACGUGCAAAACUGGUGGGAUUCGCGAGGACUGCCUCCUUUGACAGUGUGCUUGAUCUUACAGUCUUGAGGAGCUGGAUAUCUGCGUAUUCGUAUGCAGAAUGUGGUGGUAGGCGGCUUGCUGUGUAUAGUGAGCCCAUUUUAAUUGAAGGGUUGGAAGAUAGUAGAGUAGUGAACCCCUUCUAUUCCCCCGACACCCCCGAAGAUGUUAAGGUCUACCGAAGAAAGAGACUGAGAACUGCCGCUGAGCUUAUGGAAUUGCAGAAGCUUGCUAUUGGUGGUGGAUUUAAAGAUGAUAAUUUGGUAGUGAAACAACCAAAUGAAGUUGAAGAUUCUACUGCAAGGGAGAGGAAGAAGAGCAAGUAUCUGUCUCCUCCUUAUACGAAUCUGAAUGGGAUGGGCUAUAAGCCCUGGUUCGAGAUGAGGAAGUACACAAAAGAUAAAGAAUCUUCUUCAUUUUCAUUUCUUGAGGAGCUGGAUGAUGAGAAGACCUCUGAGAAAGAUAUAAUGACUUCUCUGGCAUCAGAUGUUGAAGUAGAGGUGAAUGAACUGAUGCUGAGGUAAAAUCUGCGGCUGUUGAUCGU